GCGGCGGUGUCAGCCCGCCAUCAGCCCGCCGUGCCGCGGGCGCCUCUCCUCAGUACUGUGACCGCGGACCUGCGUGGUCCCGGUGGCGGCAGGAAGAGGCCCCAUUGUACGUGGAUCCGUCUCCCGCCGGGCCUGUUCGCUUUGCCGUGGGAGACGUGGCAGGGAAGUCCCAGGCGCAGACAGGAACCACCGGGCUCCCCUCGGGGCUGUAGCCGGGCAUGGAGGGCAGCCAGGGGAACUUUCUGCCCCGUGUUUCCGUGGGAGACCGGGGCUGCUGGGUGCCCUGGGGCUGCCCCUGUGGAUCACCCCCACACUCGGUUUGACGGGACCCUCUUUUUCACAUCUGGUCCCCAAUAUUUGCGCUCCUGUGGGCCCUGAACCGGAGCUGGUUCUGCAGCAAUGACGAGUUAAGGUCUCUCCGGCACCUCACGCACAGCACGGCCGCAGCCGUAGGACGGACCUGUUUAUGCCGUGAAAGACACCGUGACAGCAACGCUGCUGGAAUGAUUUUGUAAACAGCUGGUUCUUGAUGCUGCGGUUAUUUGCAUUUAGUCCGAUUUUACAGACACGCACGUGAUCAUGCAAAAGCCUGCGUUAGAGGUUGUUUCCUUGCGGAACAACUUGUGGAAGAGCCCAGUUUGCAGACGCCGGCUGGACCGCUCCUCCCUGCACACAGGCCCAUGCCGCUGCCUGCGCAGCACGCGAGCUCGGGCCGGGCUCCUCUUCGUGCGGGUGCCGCGCGCGUCACUCCGGCCGUGACUGCGGAGGUGGCACCAGCGGCACCGCCGGCCCAUCCCGCCCUGCUGCCGCUGACCAAGCACGAUUUCCAGAUGAUUGUAGGUUCCCCACUAGAGGAAGUGGGCAAACCAGUUAGGAGUAGGAAACAAAGAGUAUAGCAGCAGAGAUGGACGAACAAGCCCUAUUAGGCCUAAACCCAAAUGCCGAUGCAGACCUCAGACAAAGAGCACUAGCCUACUUUGAGCAGCUGAAGAUCUCUCAGGAUGCUUGGCAAGUCUGUGCAGAAGCAUUAGCUCAGGGUAUAUACAGUGAUGAUCACAUCAAGUUUUUUUGUUUUCAAGUUCUGGAACAUCAAGUUAAGUUCAAAUACUCUGAACUUACUGAAGUCCAGCAGCAGCUAAUUAGGGAAACACUCAUAACAUGGCUGCAAGCACAGAUGCUGAAUCCCCAACCUGAGAAGACUUUUAUUCGCAACAAAGCAGCACAAGUCUUUGCAUUGCUUUUUGUUACUGAAUAUCUCACAAAAUGGCCCAAGUUUUUUUUUGAUAUUCUAUCAGUAGUUGACCUUAAUCCACGAGGCGUGGACAUGUACCUCAGAAUCCUUAUGGCUGUUGAUGCUGAGCUGGUAGACCGGGAUGUUGUUCAUACAUCAGAGGAGGCUCGUAGGAACACCUUAUUAAAAGAUACUAUGAGGGAACAGUGCAUUCCAAGUUUGGUGGAAUCGUGGUACCAAAUCCUACAAAACUAUCAAUAUAAUAACUCAGAAUUGACAUGCCAGUGCCUUGAAGUAGUUGGAGCAUAUGUAUCCUGGAUAGAUUUGAGCCUGAUAGCCAAUGAAAGGUUUAUAAAUAUGCUGCUAGGUCACAUGUCUGUGGAAGUUCUCCGGGAAGAAGCCUGUGAUUGUUUGUUUGAAAUUGUAAAUAAGGGAAUGGACCCGAUUGACAAAACAAAAUUGGUUGAAUCUUUAUGUCAAGUAUUGCAGUCUGCUGGCCUCUUCAGUAUUGAUCAGGAAGAUGAUGUGGAUUUUCUGGCCAGAUUUUCAAAGCUGGUCAAUGGGAUGGGGCAAGCAUUAAUAGCUAGUUGGACUAAACUGAUAAAAAAUGGUGAUAUGAAGAGUGCUCAGGACACUCUGCAAGCUAUUGAAGCAAAAGUGGCCCUAAUGUUGCAACUGCUAAUUCACGAAGAUGACGACAUCUCAUCUAAUAUCAUUGGCUUUUGUUAUGACUACCUUCACAUCCUGAAACAACUUUCUGCACUUUCAGACCAACAAAAAGCUAAUGUAGAGGCAAUCAUGUUGGCUGUUAUGAAGAAGUUGACAUAUGACGAAGAAUACAAUUUUGAAAAUGAGGGUGAAGAUGAAGCAAUGUUUGUGGAGUACAGAAAGCAAUUGAAACUGUUGCUAGACAGACUUGCCCAGGUCUCGCCAGAGUUACUGUUGGCAUCUGUCCGCAGAGUUUUUAACACUACACUUCAGAAUUGGCAGACUACACGAUUCAUGGAAGUAGAAGUAGCAAUAAGGCUGCUGUAUAUGUUGGCUGAGGCUCUUCCUGUAUCUCAUGGUGCUCACUUCUCUGGUGACGUUACAAAAGCUACAGCUUUACAGGACAUGAUGAGAACGCUGGUGACUUCUGGUGUUAGUGCCUAUCAACAUACAUCAGUGACCCUGGAAUUCUUUGAAACAGUCGUUAGAUAUGAAAAAUUCUUUUCUGUUGAACCUCAGCACAUUCCAACCGUUCUAAUGGCAUUUUUAGAUCACCGUGGUCUUCGCCAUACAAGUCCCAAAGUACGAAGUCGAACAGCUUACCUCUUUUCCAGAUUUGUCAAGUCUCUCAAUAAGCAAAUGAACCCCUUUAUUGAAGAUGUUCUGAAUAGAAUACAAGACCUUCUGGAACUUUCUCCUCCUGAAAAUGGCUACCAGGCUCUGCUAAGCAGUGAUGAUCAACUUUUCAUUUAUGAAACAGCUGGAGUGUUAAUAGUUAACAGUGAAUAUUCUGCAGAAAGAAAACAGGUUCUAAUGAGGAAUUUGUUGACUCCACUGAUGGAGAAGUUCAAAGUAUUGUUAGAAAAGCUGAUGAUGGCACAAGAUGAGGACAGACAGAUGGCACUGGCUGACUGCCUCAAUCAUGCCGUUGGGUUUGCUAGCCGAACCAGCAAGGCUUUCAGCAAUAAGCAAACUGUAAAACAGUGUGGCUGCUCAGAGGUUUAUCUGGACUGCUUACAAACAUUUUUGCCGGCUCUCAGUUGUCCAUUACAAAAAGAAGUUCUGAGAAGUGGUGUCCGCACUUUCCUUCACCGCAUGAUUAUUUGCCUAGAGGAGGAAGUUCUUCCAUUCAUUCCUUCUGCCUCUGAACACAUGCUUAAGGAUUGUGAAGCAAAAGAUCUUCAAGAAUUCAUUCCUCUUAUAAACCAAAUAACAGCUAAGUUUAAGGCGCAGGUUUCACCUUUUCUGCAACAGAUGUUUAUGCCACUACUUCAUGCUAUUUUUGAGGUGUUGCUCCUUCCAGCAGAAGAAAAUGAUCAGUCAGCUGCUUUAGAAAAACAAAUGCUACGGAGGAGUUACUUUGCUUUUCUGCAGACAGUAACUGGCAGUGGAAUGAGUGAAGUCAUAGCUAAUCAAGGUGCAGAGAAUGUGGAGCGUGUGUUGUUCACUGUCAUUCAAGGAGCGGUGGAUUACCCAGAUCCUAUUGCACAGAAGACCUGUUUUAUUAUUCUUUCUAAGUUGGUGGAGCUUUGGGGAGGUAAAGAUGGACCAGUAGGUUUCGCAGACUUUGUCUACAAGCACAUUGUUCCUGCAUGUUUCUUAGCACCUUUGAAGCAAACGUUUGACUUAGCAGAUGCCCAGACAGUAUUGGCUUUAUCAGAAUGUGCAGUGACGUUAAAAACAAUUCAUCUCAAAAGGGGUCCUGAGUGCGUUCAGUAUCUUCAGCAAGAGUAUUUGCCUUCUUUGCAAGUAGCUCCUGAGAUAAUUCAGGAAUUCUGUCAAGCACUUCAGCAGCCUGAUGCUAAAGUUUUUAAAAAUUACUUAAAGGUAUUCUUCCAGAGAGCGAAGCCCUAAGGAAAGUACUGGAAUCUCAUGUACUUGUUUCCAUAAUCCAGAACCCUGGUUGUUAAUUUAUAAGAACGCUAACUUGUGCCAUUCAAACUGGUUUUGUUUUUAAGACAUGUUGCUUUGUGCUCACAUAAGUACAUAUUCUAGCCUUUCAAAAAAAGAGAAAUGCAGAUCCCCUACUUGUGUCUCAAACAUGAAGGUAUGUGACGUGAAAAAUUGUCUGUAUACCUACACAAACCUUGAUGUAUAGGAUGAUUUAAGCUUAUGCUGUAAUGCGUACAGCAAUGAAAUGACACUUAUUUUUGAAAUUAAAUGUAAAAAUCCCGUCAGACCAUACCAAUGGUUAUUAAAAUGUGUACAUUUUUGAUACUGAGUAAAAUGUUUUCAUAAGACAAAAUUCAUUUGUUCAUGUAUGGUGACAUGAAAAUAAAGCAAUCAAAGUCAUUCUUGUAGAUAGUCAUUUCAUUGAAGUUGUCUUAAUGAUAAAAUAUAUAUAUAUACCUCCUAUAAAACAGAUUGGUUUAAUAAAUAAUUUCAUUUAAAAGUA